AUGUGUUUCAGUGAAUGGUCCAGUCCAGCAGAUGCCGAACUAGACAUACAAAUCGUUAAGGACUUACACAGGACUGGAUGUAAUCUUUUUUGUGGUGACUGUCAUAAUCAGGCUUUGUUGAAAAAAGUCUUGCUGGGCUACGCCAGGUGGAACAAAGCUGUUGGAUAUUGUCAAGGUUUUAAUAUAUUAGCGGCCUUCAUACUUCAAGUAACUGAAAAAUGCGAAAGUGAUGCUUUGAAAUUGAUGAUCUACCUCAUAGAGGGAGUUCUGCCUGAUUCAUACUUUGUAGAAAGUCUUCGUGGUUUGUCAGUUGAUAUGGCUGUAUUUAGAGAACUAUUAAGAAGUAAACUGCCAAAGCUUUCAAAGCAUUUGGACGAAUUACAAAACGAUGGCAUCAUGAGCUAUGAACCCCCAUUGACUAAUGUUUUUACCAUGCAAUGGUUUUUGACAAUUUUCUGCAACUGUUUACCCCAUAAUGCCGUCCUGCGCGUCUGGGACCUUAUUUUAAUCGAAGGCAACGAGUUUCUUUUUCUUACAGCCUUGGCGAUUUGGCAACUCCUAGCCCAAAGAAUUCUUUUGGUCAGAACAGCAAAUGAGUUUUAUGGCCUCAUGGCAGCACUGACUAGUGAACUUUUAGAAUCAAUGCUUGUUGAUCCUGAUAAUCUUCUUGAAGGGAUCAUUGCUAUUGGUCCAAUAGUGGAGUUGAAAAGUCUAAGGGAGCAUUAUUUGUACAAUAUAAGACCUUGGGGGACUCAUAUGUCAGCGCAUACAUUGAAAAAAAUUAAUUUUUACCCUAAAGAAGAUCAUAGUAAAAUAUUAAUGGACAUUAGUGCUUUACAAAAACAAUACCACAAACUGAAGCAGCGUCAAAGACAGACGCACAUAAUAUUUUCAGCAGCUGUAAAUAACCAAUCACCUUCAACAGUUGAGCCAGUGGCCAUGAAUCAUCUUCUAGUAGGAAAAAGUGCCCUAGGCCCUUCUAGGCGUACAGGGCCUUUGAAAGGUAGUAUACCACCUGCCCGUCACAAACAAGUGCUUCAACAAAGAACCUUACAUUGGAAUCAGGUUGUCAUACCAAAAAAAUCAGUAUUUGUUCAAAUACAAAUACAAAGACCCACUUCUUCUAGUUCUAGUGAUACUGAACUUUGUGAUCAGGAAAAUGAUGAAAUCCAAAGCUCAAAUGUAGAAGGUGGUGGAGACACAAUAAUAAAAGACCUAAAUAAAUCCAACAUAGUCACUGAUUCAUCUAUUGUUAAUAAUGAGAGGAUAACAGCUUAUCUAGAAAAUAAUUUACCAAAUUCUGAAGAUAAAAAUGAUGCUGAAUUUGAAGAGUUCUUAUUUGACCGUCUAAAAUAUGAUACAGCUAGUAAAAGAAAUAGCCAAUUAACAUUACAAAUUAUACAAGAAAAUUCACAAAUUUUGCAAAGAAUCAUGGAAUGCCAGUCUAGAUUUUCUUCCCCAUCCUCAGAUACAAUUGAAGCACGACUUUUUGGAGAAAAUUAUUUUAAUUUGAAUAAUAAUAACGUUGAUACUUGGCUCAAAGGCAUGAAUUUAGAAGAGAUGUGCAGUCAAGAAAUUGAUAAUUUUUUAAUGAGAAGUUUUGAUAAAGACAAAGCUGAAACAUCUUGUUCCAAUCAGGACCUUUUAGAAAUUGAAAAAGCAAGUGUCAGUGAUUCUCUAUGCAACACAUCAAAAAAUGAAGAUGAAAAUGAUUCAGCUAUAGGUUUACAAGAUUUUUCAACAACAAGCAAUUUGAUUGAUUUAAAUGACAAUGAGUUAAUUUCUCAAGAAGAUGAAAACUUUCAUGUCUGUGAUACUCUUCAGACUGACUUCAAUAAAAAUAAAACUUGUCUUAAUUUAGACUUUAGGGUGGCAAACAAUGAAAAAACACAUACCUCAUUGCCAGACAAACCUGAUCUUGUGGGUUUUGACCCAUUUCCAGUACAGAGAAAAUUAAAGCCAAAUAAAGUAGUAACUAUGAAAUUGGGUUUAUAUAAGUGA